CCCGUGGCAGAAAGAAAGAACCCGCUUUAUUUGGAACACCGGAUGAUGAUGCUGCUGCCACACCAGCCGGAUCGGACACAGUCUCCCCGACAAGCGGAAUUAUUACUAAUAGCUUCGCUUAUGUAAUCAAUACACCGAAUUGCUUUUGGGGGGUGGGUGGGGGGGAAACAGCAUCCCGUGGAUCCUUCCCAUUCUAUUUCAUAGAAAAUAUCCUACUGUAUGCCAUAUGCUCUGCGAUUUUUAGAGCAGCCUAUGGCAAACCCAUUUGUCCUGAUGCGACGCGUGUGAUGGUUGCAGUGGGACGGAUAUCCUUAAUUUGAUCCAAUAGGCGUUCUCAGGAUUUGUUGUAGGACGCUUCUGCACCCCUAUCUGCGCUGACCCUAACAAUGCUUUAAAUAGGUAGUUAAUAGUCAUAUAUGUCCAUGGUUUUGUUAAUUUUGAGUGAAUGACACUCGCAAAAAAAAAAAAAGAUUGACUAGUAAAUCCAAGUGAAUUAGUCCACCUCGGUUGUAUAUGUACAGUAUAUUUUUUAUUUUUUUGUGAAAUUUGAUUUAGCGAUCUUUCACGGGAGGAAACCACCAGUGGGAGUACAUUUUGGACUGUGACUGGUUUGGGGGAGAGAAGGGCCUAUACAGACUUGAUCCCCCCCCCAUUAAAAACUCUGCAGGAUUGCAUCCUCUUCAGUCCGGAGGAAUAUCUUCAAGUCCAGGGGGUUGCUGCUCCUCUGAGGGCUUUCAUCGGCGCUCAUUGCAUCCGAGGGAAUGGUGGCCGCACCGCAGAUCCACGCAACUCUUUCUCAAUGUUUCGCAGGCAAGCAUCUUGACUUGUGAUCGAGAGAGACGCGGACUGCAGCAGCCUCCAAUCCCUUUCACAUGGAGAUUUGUGCCUCGCUCGUACAAAUCUUGAAAACGGGGACCGUGGCCCUGCUGGUUUUUCCUUUACUGUUCUCAACGUCGAUUUCAUUUAUUCGAGAAAAUGCAGAACACGAACAGCAGAUGAACUAUGAAUGCUGAACACAAUGAUUUCUUCCCUCCAGCGCCAGACAAUGAGAGGUCAUAGGCUGAAGGGGGCGCUGUCCAACCCCCUCUUUGUGCUGCUUUUGGCCCUCCAGAUCCUGGUGGUGGCUGGACUGGUUCGCGCUCAGACCUGUCCUUCUGUCUGCUCAUGCAGCAACCAGUUUAGCAAAGUAAUAUGCACCCGACGCAGUCUGCGGGACGUCCCAGAUGGCAUUUCCACCAACACUCGCUACCUGAACCUCCAGGACAACCUCAUCCAGGUCAUCAAGGUGGACAGUUUCAAACAUCUGCGCCAUCUGGAAAUCCUGCAGCUGAGCAAGAACCACAUCCGCAGCAUUGAAAUUGGCGCCUUUAAUGGACUGGCCAGUCUCAACACCUUGGAGCUCUUUGAUAAUCGGCUCACAACAAUCCCCAAUGGAGCAUUUGAGUACUUGUCUAAGCUGAAGGAAUUGUGGCUACGGAACAACCCCAUCGAAAGUAUACCAUCUUAUGCCUUCAACCGGGUCCCCUCGCUUCGAAGGCUGGAUCUAGGUGAGCUCAAACGUCUCUCCUACAUUUCGGAUGGAGCCUUCAAGGACUUGAGCAAUCUGCGCUACCUGAACCUGGGUAUGUGCAACCUCAAGGAGAUCCCCAACAUCUUACCUUUGGUCAGACUUGAAGAGCUAGAAAUGUCAGGAAACCAGCUCUCGGUUGUCAAGCCCAGCUCCUUUUUAGGUUUAGUGAACCUCCAAAAGCUGUGGAUGAUGCAUGCCCAGAUCCAAACAAUUGAGAGGAAUUCCUUUGAUGAUCUUCAGUCACUGGUUGAGCUCAACCUGGCUCACAACAACCUUACCUUUUUACCACAUGACCUCUUCACACCAUUGCAUCGCCUGGAGCGGGUCCACCUCCAUCACAACCCUUGGAACUGUAACUGUGAUAUCUUGUGGCUCAGCUGGUGGCUGAAGGAGGCAGUACCCGCCAACACUAGCUGCUGUGCCCGUUGCCAUUCUCCUGCAGUCUUUAAAGGUCGCUACAUUGGGGAAUUGGACCACAGCUACUUCCAGUGUGAUGUUCCUGUCAUUGUGGAGCCACCCAGUGACUUGAAUGUGACAGAAGGCAUGGGUGCAGAGCUUAAAUGUCGUACCAGCUCGCUGACAUCCAUCAGCUGGCUUACACCAAAUGGUUCUUUGGUGACACAUGGGGCUUACAAGGUGCGUUUGUCUGUACUUAAUGAUGGGACACUGAACUUCACUAGCGUCACAAUGCAGGACACUGGGACUUACACCUGUAUGGUAAGCAAUACAGCAGGCAACAUUUCUGCCUCUGCUGUGCUUAAUGUCACUUCUGUGGAAAACAGUGGAGUGACCUAUUUUACCACAGUCACCGUGGAGACCAUUGAGACUCCGGGGGAUGAUAGCCAAACGCCGCUUCCCCCAUUUGGCUGGGUCUCAUCCUCUACAACAAAAGGGACUCCUGUUUCAACCCGGACCACAGAGCGGACUUAUACAAUUCCAGUUCUUGAUCUGGAUGGAGAGGGAGCCCUCAAUGGCCUAGAUGAGGUUAUGAAAACCACCAAGAUUAUCAUAGGCUGCUUUGUGGCCAUCACACUUAUGGCUGCUGUUCUGCUGGUUAUUUUCUACAAGAUGAGGAAGCAGCAUAACCAGCAGGAUCCUGAUGGCCCUGCCUCCUCCAUGGAGGUCAUUACAGUUGAAGAAGAGCUUGCAGGUGUCGCUGCCAUGGAGAGACACCUAACCCUGCCCCCUCUGGAGCACUACAACCACUACAACACCUACAAGAACACUUACCACCAUGCUCCUAUGCUCAGUACCAUACACAGCUCAACCACACAGGAACCUUUACUGAUUCAAGCCUGCUCAAAAGACAAUGUACAAGAGACCCAAAUCUGAUCUCGAAUUUAAAUAAACAUACAGUAUCAACGUUUCAUACGUGGCAUUCAAUGGACCAAAACGUGAAGAUAAAAGAAGUCAAAAUGACACUGACUUGACAGAGUUGACGUCGAUAAAUCAGCAUUUGGCAAAUGGACAACAUAUGAUACUUUAACAAGUGUCUUUACAAAAACAAAGAUUAUUUAUUAAAAGUAUGUCUAGUGGCUAAAUGAUGAAAAACAAUUUGUGAUAGCUUUCUAGCUCGGUUUAUUUCUCUGUCUCUCUCUCUCUCUCUGUGUAACACUGCACAAAGGGAAAGAAUGGUUUUCUUGAAGUGAAUGUGUAAGGUAUAACAUGCAGUUCAUUGGAAACCACUGACAUUGGCCUUAAACUAAACUUAAUGCAAUGCCAAUUACUUUAAUAUUUGGAUUUUACCUGAUAAUAAUGUGUUUUGUUGAGGGGCAUUGCUUUAGUAUUUAUACACAUUUAUUUACUAGUUGUUCAGCAUACCAUGUCUAAUUUAGAGGAGCUUUAUGAAGACAAAAGAAAAAAUGGGUUUAUUUUCAUUGCCAUCAUAUUCUAACUGUCACUCAUCACAAAAUGAGAUCUCUUAAUAACACAGCUCUGGGCGAUAUCACAGUGAAGCCAGCAUGCCUGAGGAGCAAAGCAGUCAAAAAGAGCAGCUGUGCAUUUCCCCUGUGGCUCCUAAACAACAGCCAUACAUCCUUCACUUUAAUUAAGAUUAAGUUCUUGCUCCCACUCCUCCUCCUACCUUUUCUUCACACUUCAACCUUUACUACUUUUCUCCUACCCCUCCUCUCCUCUUCUUCCAUGUCUGAGUUCUCCAUCUUCCCUGUCAAUCCUCUCUCUGCUCUCUCCCCACUAUCAUUUCCUCCAUGUCCUUUUGCUUCUUUGAUUGUCUCUCUGUCACUUAUCUCAGGCACGUUUCUCACCCCUCUCCAUGUCUCAUUUGUCACGCUUUAUCUGCCGGCAUGUGCUGCACGACGGCAGAAUAUUGCUUGGGAAAAUGAAGGGGAGCAUAAGGAUGCUGUCUGUAGCAUCCCUGUUAACCCAGUAAUGAUCUACGUCCACUCAGUGUCCCGUUACCUUGCCAUCACCCCAGGGUCACACGAGCUCAGGCGCUGAUAGUCCAUCUGUUAUACACAUAAAGAGGCAAAUGAGGCUGCUUUGUAAUGUAGUGUGACCCUGUCAGACGAACGCAGACGGGACUAACAUAGUCAGUGAAGCAGCUAGGAACCUGCAACAAAAUAAGGGGGAGAUGGGUUAGAUCUCAUUAAUCUGUAUCAGCAAUUCAUUUGGAGACUAACAGAGGAAAGCUGAUAACAAAACAGCGUGAGACUUUUCCACUAUCGGUGUGCCAAACAUCUAAAACAGGGUGGAGGCCUUUGAUAUUGAAGCGACCCCUGCUCGUUCUCAUUUUUGUCACGGAAAAACACACACACUUUGAUGUUGCAUCAUUUAUAGGCCAUCAAAACACUGUCUCUCCUCUAGUCUGUUUACGCUUUGAUUUUUCAUUUAGUCUUUCAAAGAGGAAGGCUUAAGGAAGAGGGAGGUAGGGAUGAAAAGUGAAGAACAGUUGGUGGGGAGGCGGGAGCCAGAGCCACAACAGUCACGAGGGGUCUUCAAACAGAUAUAUUUCAGAUAUGAAGGGAGUGGAGUGAAAAAAUAUAAGGACUAAGGAGGCAAAACUAGCCAUCACACUGUCGCCAUGGAAACAGUGACCUUGUGCAGAAAGUAAGAAGAGGUAGAUAUGGUUGUUGCUUUGGUCCCUGUGCAACAAGCAUAUUUUAAUUUCCCACAGGCGAUUUCACAAAUGCACCAGAUUAUCGACCAAUUUGGCAAAAGGGAGUCUGUAUUUACAAAUGGUUUGGAUGGGAUUUGGACCUGCACAUGACAAUUUCCGUUAUUUUUAAUGAAAUAUCACUGCAUGAUGUGAAAAUUUCAACAUAAUUUUCCAGUAGCUCUACUCGCCUUAUCAAUUUUCCUCUCAGUCAAGACAGCUUCCACAGCUUAUAGCCGAGUAAAGCACUGUCAAUCAAACCAAUGCAUAUGCUUCUUAUCAGUCAGUCUCCUAAAUGUAUUCUUUUAUCCAAUACAAUAAUGGUGGAAUGGUGGCAUCAAAACAUACAUUUAAAGACCGGUCGUGUCUGUUGAGGUGGUAGAGACAUUUUAAAUUGUAAGUGGAGAAGGAACAAUUGAAAGCUAUUCAUGCCUUUCAUUGAGUGUGAAUGACGAGAAUAGUACCGUAAAUGGUGACGUCAUAGAGUGAACCAUUCUUUCCCUUUCCACUCUUUUCUUUUUCAAUGCUCAAUUCCUUUUCAACGCUUUUGGUGGCUUAAUGAUUCAAUGUUGAUGCUGGCUACAGUAAAAAAAAUUAAAAAAAGUUUGAGUUUUUUUAAUAUAUAUACAGUAUAUAUGUGGAUGAGGGUUGUGAGUUAUCCAGAAUGAAUGGAAUAUCUCUGUAUUGGUAUUUCCCUGAACAGGACGGCUUUAGGUGGAGAGAUAUUUGAAUGCCAGAGUGAAAUUACAGUAAGGCUGACCUGCAGAAUGUUGGACUUGAAAUACCAGCAGAGUGAGCUUGACUUUUGUGCAAAACCCCAAGCCAAGGUGAUCAUAUUCGUGUGUGUUAUUCUGCCAACUGUCUAUGUAUAGGGAGGGUUACUGUAUGUGUGAAUAUUCUCUCUCAUUUUUGGAGAGAAUAAUCAUCAAAUGGUUAAAUUUCUACAAAAAAAAAUAUUUUCAAAAACACAACGCAAAGAAAAGAUCUUCUGAUCAUAAUUUUACAUGUGCUUCAAUUGUUCAAAAAAAUCUAAAAA